AUGGAAAAAUUGGAAUUGCGCGUAAAGCGAAAUAUUUUGCUGGAAUGUUUCAAUCGUUAUUCGAAGAUGUUCAUUAGUGUUUUAUUGCUCUUACUUACGAUUUCAAUAUCAACAGCUCUUGAUCCAGUAGUUGUUCAAACAGAGAACGGUCCAUAUCGUAGCGACCCUCGAUUAGAUUUUCAUGCCUUUGAAGGUAUUCGAUAUGCUGAGCCACCGAUUGGAGACUUGAGAUUUGCUGAUCCUGUACCUUAUACAAAAAUUCAUGCUGAUAUUUGGAAUGCUUCGAAGCCCGGAAGUGAAUGCAUUCAAUAUCAAGGAACUGUAAAUGGCGACGAGGAUUGUUUGUUCAUCAAUAUUUACACUCAAGAGCCUGAUAAAGAAGCAAAACUUCCGGUAAUAGUUCAUAUUCAUGGCGGCGGCUUCAUUUACGGACAAGGCGCCGAAUGGGGACCUGAACAUUUGAUAAAACGAAAAGUUGUCUUUGUGACUUUCAAUUAUCGACUUGGUUUGAUGGGAUUUUUGUCAGCAGGUGCUUCUGGAAUGACAGGAAAUAUGGGAUUAAAAGAUCAAGUAAUGGCUUUGAAAUGGAUUCAACGAAACAUUGAAGCUUUUGGAGGAGAUCCUGAUAAUGUGAUGAUCGUUGGAUGGUCAGCGGGAGCAGCAAGUGUUCAAUUUCAUUACAUUUCGCCAAUGUCGAAGGGACUUUUCUCUAAAGGUAUUGCUCAUAGUGGUUCUGUAUUCAAUCCAUGGGUAUGGCAAAGCUCACCUGAAUGGCGUUUCCAUGUAAUUUGUAAGAAAUUUGAAUGUGACAUCGAUGAUCAUCCUUUCACGAAAAGCAUUGAAUGUUUGAAACAAAUAUCAGCUAAAGAUUUGGUUCAAAUGACAGGAGAUCCAAUUUUUCAACCUUUUGAAGGAAAUCCUUUCAAUCCUUUUGGAGUCGUGUUGGAAGCGGAUUCUAUCAACUCAUUCAUUUCCGAAAGUCCUAAAGAAACAUUUUCUAAAGGAGAAGUUCAACUUAAACCUCUUAUCAUAGCAGCAGUUCGUGACGAAGGAUAUUACCCCGGAGCAGAAUUUUUAGCGAAUCCUGAGCUUUUAACUCAAAUCAACGAAGAUUUCGACAAUAUCCUUCCUCAUAUUUUACAUUUCCCAGUUUUCAGUAAUGAGACAAAGGAAAACAUCACAAAAAUCAUUCGAGAGCGUUAUUUGGGAAAAGUUCCCAUCCUUGAAGAGACCUUUACGUAUUUCGUUAAAAUUUUAACAGAUUCUCUCUUUCUCGCUGGAAUUCAUGAAUCUAUCGAGCAAUUUAGUCCUCUUAUGCCGACCUACAUCUAUGGCUUCGAUUUCAAAACGGAAUACGGCUUUGGCGAAUUUUUAUCUGGUCGUAAUAAAGUCAAGGGAAUUGCACAUGGAGAGGAUAUGGUGUUGAUAUAUGACACGAGCUUACGUAGCAACAUUCCAUUCACACUUGAGGAGCAACUCGUCAUGGGACAUUUACUCGAUAUUUAUGAAAGUUUUGCUUAUACAAGUAUUCCAAAAAUUGGCGGGAAAAAUCUUGAACCGACGCCAUCUUUGAAAAAAAGCAUUACUUUUACUCAUAUUCGAGGGCCGAACAAUUAUAGCACUGUGACGACAGAAAAUCUUGAUAAAUUUACAGAAAAAUUAUUUUGGGGCAAAAUCCGAGAAAUAUUGGACAAUUCAUCGCCACAAAACAAUCAAGCCUCAAGCAUAUCAACAUUUUGUCCUUUUUUGGUCACUUUUUCGAUUCUCUUCCAACUUUACAGUUUCUAAAUUGUUUAAUUUGUUGAUUUUAGAUCCCUUUUCUUGUUUCAUCUUGAUAAGAAUUCAUAACGUUCGGGAAACAAAACGUGCGUCAAGCGAUAAAAUAGUUAAUAUAUUGAAAUAAAUCUACAAUUUCAUCCCUUUUUGUGUCUUGUUUCGCAAGUAAUAUGUUUAUUAAAUUGAUCCAUGAGCGACAUAAGACAAUGCACCCCUGUCGUUUUCCCGAAUGUGGAGGAUCAACGAACAUAAUUUAAUGGUAAAUGUAUGUUGAUGCGAGUCCCCGAGAAGCAGGAGGCAACACAGUCCCCUUUUUAAUAACUUUCACUUCUAUCGCAUUGUGAAACAUAAAAAUUGCUGAAAUAUCUAUUUCC